CACAUAUCACUCCGCAUAUUUCAGUAAAAUAUAGUCAGCUUUUUGGAUAUAUCCUAUCCAUAGAUUAAAAUAUCAAGGCUUUCAAAGAGUUAUUUCGAAGUUAACUCUUCGUAUCAAUAGGAAGUAAGCGAAGAAAUUUAUAUUUUACAUAAAUUUAUAAUGUAGGUCGUUGAUAAUUCUGAACGCAAAGGCGUACUUCGUCCGUGGCGCCAUCUUGCUUCUGCUUUUCGAAAUUCUGGUGAAUUAAUGCGUCUAAAAAUCGCUUGAAAAUUCAUCUAAAACGUGAAAAGUACGACCGGUAUACCACGUUAAUCGAUGGAGUAUAUGUCAAAGAUGGCACUGUUAUAAAAACUGCUUUAAUCAGAUGCUUCCUGGGACGGUUCAUCAAGUUAUAAUCCAACGUUAGCUUCAGCUAAUCGAAAAUAAACGAGGUGUUUGGACUAUAGAAGGCACAGGUGCCCUUGUUAAUGAGUUGAUCUCCGUCGCUUGAUGUUUCCCUGGCCACCAUGAGCAUCAGUAGCGAUGAAGUCAACUUCCUAGUCUACAGGUAUCUCCAAGAAUCAGGAUUUUCUCAUUCAGCGUUCACCUUUGGCAUAGAGAGCCACAUCAGCCAGUCCAACAUCAACGGAGCCCUGGUGCCUCCUGCUGCACUCAUCUCCAUUAUACAGAAGGGUCUCCAGUACGUGGAGGCAGAGAUCAGCAUCAACGAGGAUGGCUCGGUGUUGGACAAUGGCUUUGACUCAUUAUCGCUGAUAGAUGCCGUCAUGCCUGAUGUCAUCUCGUCCCGGAAGAGCGAGCUGACGAGGCAAGCAGCGGCCAACACCAACAACAGCAGCAAGGUGGAUGGGGCCAACACAAACGGGGACGACGUAGCACUCAACUCAAUACAAGCCAAUCACACAGAAACGAUGGAACUGGACGGGGGCGUAGAGAUCCCAGCCAGUAAAGCCACCGUACUCAGGGGUCACGAGUCCGAGGUCUUCAUCUGUGCCUGGAAUCCCUGUAACGACCUUUUAGCAUCAGGUUCUGGAGACUCUACAGCGAGGAUAUGGAACCUUAGCGAAAACAAUAAUAGUCCACAUCAAUUAGUACUACGACAUUGUAUUCGGGAAGGUGGUCAAGACGUGCCUAGUAACAAAGAUGUCACCUCAUUAGAUUGGAAUUGUGAUGGUACCUUGCUAGCGACGGGCUCCUACGACGGCUACGCCAGAAUAUGGUCAACAGACGGCCGGUUAGUCAGCACGUUAGGCCAGCACAAGGGGCCCAUCUUUGCACUGAAAUGGAACAAGAAGGGCAACUACAUCCUGAGCGCCGGCGUGGACAAGACGACGAUCAUCUGGGACGCUCAGUCAGGAGAGUGUAAACAGCAGUUCCCCUUCCACUCAGCUCCAGCGUUGGACGUGGACUGGUGCUCCAACGUAUGCUUCGCGUCCUGCUCAACAGACCAGUGUAUCCACGUCUGUAAGUUGGGCAACGACAGACCCAUCAAGACAUUCCAAGGCCACACGAAUGAGGUGAAUGCCAUCAAGUGGGACCCAACGGGAACAAUGCUGGCGUCUUGUUCCGACGACAUGACGCUAAAGAUCUGGUCGAUGAAGCAGGAAUGCUGUGUACAUGACUUACAAGCCCAUAAUAAAGAAAUCUACACCAUCAAAUGGAGUCCACACAACCCCAACACACCACUCAUGCUAGCCAGUGCGUCGUUUGACUCGACAGUGCGGCUGUGGGACGUGGACAGGGGCAUCUGCAUACACACGCUCACCAAGCACCAAGAGCCGGUCUACAGUGUCGCCUUCAGCCCCGACGGCAAGUACCUUGCCAGCGGGUCCUUUGAUAAAUGCGUCCACAUAUGGUCCACUCAGACGGGCUCACUUGUACAUAGUUAUAGAGGGACGGGGGGCAUCUUUGAAGUUUGUUGGAACUCAAGAGGAGAUAAGGUUGGAGCGAGUGCAUCGGACGGUUCAGUGUGUGUUUUGGAUUUGCGGAAAUGAUGCAAACCUCUGCUGACCAAAAAAAGGGGGAAAGAUUUUUUGUACCAGGAUUGUGUAAAAUAUAAAAAGAACCAAAAACAAGUUCUUAGAAACUGGACAAAAUACCGAGCGGGAUUGAUGAAAAGCUGAACAUUUAAGAGAAGGACAGUACAAAAAUGAUUGCUACCAGGUCCAAAGACUGAGCCGUUAACCUCGUGAGAGGCAGCGUGCGGCUGACUGGGCCACGUGCCCCUGGCAUUGGUGCGGUGGGUUGUGAUGUCAUAGUGCGACAUCAGAGGGAAGACACUGGUGAGAGGGUAUGGAGGCGUUCACCACUGCCCUAGAUGGUUCCUGCUGCCUGCCGAGGCUGUCUGCCAGCCAUCCUGUGAACGUGUGUCAGACCCCACGACAAACGGUACGGGGCUGGUGCACAUAACAGAUCCCCCUCCCCGAGGAGUUGACUCAGAGUGAACAUCUUGCGUCUGAGAUUGAAACAUCUCUUUUGUGCCCCGGUGCAGUGGGCACCACCUGCAACACUCAACACUACACCAAGCUACCAAGUGUGUCAUUGAAGCAGUCAAAUCAGGCAUGUCAUUGCAGACUUUGUACUUGCAGGCAAAGCUCCUUGUGUCUCUACAUGCUCUGGGGGGGAAAAAAGGUCAAGUUUAGAGCGUGCUUGGGGAUAUCUCAAGGAGUGUCGUUCAGCAGUCAGUAGUGGAAUCAAAAGUUCCUCAGUUGUACGUACCUCGGAUAUCGCCUUUGUUGGUUCAUGCGCAAAGGGGAUGCAGCCGGUAGAGUCGUGCAUGCCAAGUCAGGUCAUGCCAGCAUCUAGCACCAGUAGCCCUCAGGGGCACAUCCUUGCCGAGAUGGAUGGGGAUGUCGUUCAGAAACCUUGGGGGUAGGGUUGAGGGGGGGGGAAUAGUCUGUACAGUCGUCUACGGAGACUCAGGGAAGUUUUUUUCUACUGCAAAAUACGAAAUGCUCUUGCGGUGACCUUCAAAGCCAGCUGUCAAAGCAACUGACAGAAUUAUUUGUUAAUUCUUUGUAAACAAGUGGUUAUUAUAAACUCUCCCCUUUUCUGGUCUAAUGUUAAGCUAAGGCUUUUUUAAGGGGUGGCUGGGUGGCAGGGUGGGUGGUCGAAGAACAACUGUGGCUUUCUCUGGCACAGCUUACUUUGGGAGCUAUUUGUCAAAUUAAAAAAACCAGGGCUUUGGGAUAGACGUCAGUGUUGGUUGGAUUCCUCAUGGACGGAAUUGUAAGGGGGCAAAGUAGAAAUGCAUGGAGCAUUUUAGUUAUCAGAUCCCUGUACUAAUUGCAAAGUACAUGUGUACCUAGUGCCCAUAUAGAGUACCAAAGCCUGAUGUCAUUUGCCCCGGGAAGCGUAGUGUGAGCAAGUGGAGCACGCACAUGUUGGUCCACUCGCUGGGUCUGGCAGUAAUGCCUAUUACAUAAUUAUGUGCGUGGCGUAUGCACUUCGGUACUCUAUUAACGGGGUGGCUCCUGCCGAUUGUUCUCUGUCCUGUAAGUCAGUAACAAUUUACUGAGACCCGGUGCAUGUCCUUUGUUGAGCCAGUGAGUAGUAGGAUGAGCGUAAUUGCAACACUGUUGGGAGCGAAGGGGUCAAAGUUGACUGGAACAUGCCGACCUCCAGACCAAGAAAAACCACUGGGCCUGUGCUCUGCAGACACUGAACUCACUUAGCUGGAACAGCUGAAAGAAAAUUGUACAAAAUAGAAGUCCUCUUACAAACACACUUUCUCUUUUGAAUCUUCUUCCCCACCACAUGUUCAUUUGGUGGAGUCCGACUUCAUGUAAAUGGCAGGUGUUUGGUCACGCUAUUCUGUUGGAUGGUUUUCGAACUGAACUAAAUCUCAGGCGUCGUGUUCGCAAUUUCAGGUCCUUAACUUAGCGUCUGCAGCUCAAGAUGAACCUGUUUUUUGCCAAAGGAAAAAAGGGAAUCCCGUGUUAUGAGUCCAAGUUGAGAAAAUGUGAGCAUCAUGUAAUUGAAAAUCAAAUUGAAAUGACUGGAAAAAGUUCAAGUUGAAACCAGAGGGAGAGACAACGACAGUUGAGAGAAAAGGCCACAAAUUCUGGUUCUGUCAAAUUCUUUUCCCCAUUUGAGUGAAGUAGACUUUGAAGUCAGCUGAUCUAGAGCAACCGGCAGACCAAUGAGAUAUAUUGUUAAUGAGUGGAGUCACUGCAAACGAAUGGGCGAUCAGUAAAGAGUAUAUUUAAUUGGUUCUGCCUACCAUACAUAAUUGCAUGGCCUUUGAAGCACUGUAGCUAAGUACAGUGGUCCGUGACAUAAGGUGUUGGUUUUUUUUUUUUUUAGAAGUGUCUGACUGGUGAGACUGUUACAUCUCUCUACCUACCAACCGUUUGUUGCCUUACAUAUUUCCGUCUCUUUUUUGUACAGUUUGUAUUUUUGUUUGUACAUUGUUUGCUUUGCACCUGAACGUAUCCCUCUUCUGUGAGAUGGAAGGAAACCUCACCUUGUGUUUCUGAUGUUUGUGAACUUGGUAUGUGGAAAGUCCUCGCGUUGUGAUUUUUGUCCAUUUUUCGAGGAUGCCCAAAGUUAUAGCAUGAUAGUCCCCAGAUGGGAUGGCUUCCAAGCUACUCUUUGCAUCAGUAAUACAUGCCCCCCUUCCUGAAUGUGCAUCCAAAUGACCCUGAUCACCAGGGAAUUUGUCAAGGUAAACACAUUUUUUUUCUUGUGAAGAUUCGUUUCUCGAGGGGAAAAAAAAGAGCAUGCCAUGACCUCAGAUUCUAGUGCUUAUGAGUCACCAAACUGUAACCGGUCUGUAUAUUUUGUUUCCGUGGUUUACAGUUUGUGUUGGUGUUUCCACUCAUUCUGUACAUUGAUCGAUCUAAUUUGUGACAUCACAUGGCCAAAAUAAGGAGUUAAUUACAUUUUAAAUGCGACAACAGUGAAGCCCUGUUGCUCUUCCAAUAUUUUAUCUGUCUUCGGGUCCCACAUUCUGGUAUUUUCUCUUUCGUAUCUUUAUCGUUUCUUGACUUUCGUUUCAUGCAAAUGCACACAGCUGUAAGUGGUGGGACAUUUUCCCCAAUGUUGCAAGGCAAGCUUACAAGAGGCCAGCCCUCGUCACAUGUCAAAGUGAACUUUGGACUCCAUUAAACAGCCCUCCUUGUCGGAGUUUUAUUGCCAAAAUUGGCCCCAAGUUCCAUUUUCUCUUUAAUAUCCCACUGGCCAAGGAUCUCAUUUAACAUUGAUGAUUGAUAGGCAGUGUGGCCCACAGGAGUACCACAUGAACUUUGAAGUGUAUGAUAUAUACCCCUAAUAUAUAGAAGUAUAUAAAUGAUAUAUACCCUUAAAAAAAGUUUUAUUCCAUAAAAAGUCCUUCAGAUUGUGCUGUUCAGCUGUAAUACGUUGCUUCUGUCAUGAAGGGGAUAUUCCUGUAUUGCUUAACUAAACUCAAGCUUUCCAAGUGUGCUAAGUUAAUGGUUUGUAUCUUGAGUGUGUCUACCCUGUGUUUUUCUGCUCAUCACAGAGACCCCCAUCAUGUAUAACUCUCAUUGAUCAAAGCAGAGAAAGAAGUCGGUAUAAAAAUCAGGCCAAUGCCUUGAUGUAGGACCUCGCUUGCCCCGACUUGGUUUACGCUUCCUCCAGACAACUAGACUGUCAGAACAACUGCAUGUACACAUGUAUCACGUCCAGAAUUGAUUUGGCGAGGGCAGCUAGUGAGAACCCUUCUGCCCAAGGCAACUUGCAGUCAUCCCCCCUCCCCCCCCCAGUAUUGGCUGAAUGGAUCGUGGAUAGGGAGCUUUUCAUUGGAUUAAUCACUGUGGAUUGGUCAUUUGUCUCACGUGGUCAUGUUUCUCUACUACGGUUUGUAUAAAACUUUCGUCUGGUGCCACUCACUCGAAAUGUGUAGUGCUGACUUUUAAGAGAAAAAAAAUAAUAAAAACCAAAAAAGAA